AUGAUAUUAUUAAAUAUUGACCAAAAUGUGAAAUCUAAUCUUAAUGAUAUAUUUCAACGAAUAAUUUUCGAAUUGGAAAUCUUAAAAUAUCAGUUUGCAGCACAACAAAGCGUCAUCGACAAUCAUGAAAAAAGAAUAAAUGAACUUGAAACUGAUAUUAAACUACAAAAAGCAAAAAUGUUAGCUUUUGAUGUCAUCAAAUUAUUUCGAUUUUACUAUAUCGAUGACAUACUUAAAGGUUUUCCAUUCUCAACCUGGAAGUCGUUUACCGAUGAAUGGACUAAACGAGAAUGUGCUGUCUUGCAGAAUAUGACGGCCAAUAAUAAUACGAUUAAUAAUAAUGAUCCAACAAUAAUCGAUAAGGUUCAACAAGAUUCAUUCAUCCGUCAACUCGUUGAACCUGUUGAACUUGAAUUAGCACAGCAAUGGAAUCUUAAUUUGAAGCUCAAAACAAUUCGUGAUAUUGCUAAUGAAAGACAUGAAGUUGCACAUGAUCCUAUUAAGACGGACAUGGACCAACGAUGUUUUUUGAUGAAAUGCAAUAAUUUUACAUUUCCUGCAGGAUAUCAAUAUGCUACAGAUAUUAAAAAAUUAAUUAAUGUUUUAAAUGGAACGAAACUUAAAAGAUAUUGUUAA